AUGUGCAUUCGAGGCCCAUGCCGAGUCGAUAGGGGCCAAGCACAGGAGGAUGCAGACAAAAUGGAGGAAUCCGCCAAGGAUGGCAUCAAGGCUGUGCGCGAGAUGGCCGCAAAGAUGAAGAGGUCUCGCAUCUCGACCACGCCGGCGUGA